AUAUAGUGGGCGAUAAGAGCUAGUGCCUUUUCAUUUUGGGGUUCAGAGAGCCACUCCCUUGUUUGUGACAAGUAACUUACUUCCGUGACGAAUCUCCAUACCUUGCUUCGUGCGGCUAAACUUUUAAAUCAUUGAAAGUAGAUCUAUAGCGUUCCUUGACGUUUCAAGUAUGGCCGUUCAAUGGGAUCUGUAUGAAAUGUACCUUGCGUUAUUACAGGCUCCCCUGUAUCAUUUGAUUAUUGAAGGGCUUUUGAUGGUUUGGGUUGCGUGGCUUCUUCUUAGGAAACCCAAAAUUCGUAAACCAAUACUAACUGAGAAGGAACAAGAAGAACUCAUCACAGAUUGGCAGCCUGAACCUCUUGUUCCAGAUACAAAUGAAGACCAUCCAGCUCUAGAUCCAUUUGUUGUUGAAGGCAAAGUUGGCAAGUAUGUUUGUGUCAACGGCAGAGAUUGCCUUAACCUUGCUACACAUAACUAUCUUGGACUGGUUGAAGAUAAAAAUAUGGAAGACAGUGCAGUGGAGUGCAUCAAGAAAUAUGGGGUGGGCUCAUGUGGUCCUAGAGGCUUUUAUGGAACUGUUGAUGUACAUUUGAACCUGGAAACACGUCUGGCUGAGUUUAUGGAACUGGAAGAGGCUCUGAUCUACUCUUAUGGGUUUUCAACAAUUGCCAGUGCUAUUCCCGCUUAUGCAAAACGAGGCGACGUCAUAUUUGCGGACGAAGGAUCUAAUUUCGCAGUCCAAAAAGGGCUCGAAGCCUCUCGCAGUGAUGUUCGAUUUUUCAAACAUAAUGAUAUGAAAGACUUAGAGCGACUGUUGGAGGCACAGAGUGCAAAGGAGCUUAAAAAUGGCAAAAAUGGAAAACCGGUUAGAAAAUUUUUGGUAGUGGAAGGAGUCUACAUGAACAGCGGAGAUAUUUGUCCAUUACCAGAAAUUGUGGAGUUGAAGUCGAAGUACAAGGUUCGUCUCUUCGUCGAUGAAAGCAUAUCUUUUGGCACUUUGGGACGACACGGUAAAGGAAUUACAGAAUAUUAUGGUAUCCCGGCAGACCAUAUAGAUCUAAUAAUGGGAAGUCUCGAAUAUGCCAUUCCAUCUGUUGGAGGUUUCUGUGUAGGGACAUCUUACGUGGUCGAUCAUCAACGCCUUUCCGGGCUAGGCUAUUGCUUUUCCGCAUCUUUACCUCCCAUGCUUGCGGCAGCAGCUAUCUCAGCAAUAGAUACUAUGGAGCAUGAUCCUGACAUGUUUUUGGAUCUGAACAAUGUAUGCCGCAAGUUGCAUAGUGCACUUUCUACUCUGCAUCAACUUCGUCUUGGAGGACAUAGAGACGCUCCAGUCAAGCAUUUACGUCUCGCAAAAUCCACAGGUUGUCAUAAUCAUGACGGUCAAUUACUUCGCCAAAUAGCAAACGAAUCAAUGAAAAGAGGUUUAGCAGUCAUCGUAGCGUCCUAUUUGGAUCAAUCAGAGCGCUUCUUACCACAACCAAGUCUACGGUUGGUGGCCAAUCGGCUUCUCACUGAAAAUGACUUGGAUAAAGCGAUCAAAAUUCUCGAGGAUUCUUGUACUGCCGUCCUUAGUUGAUAAUAUAAUCAAAUUACUUUUGCAUUCCGUGUAAUUUAAAGGCAAAGUAUUAAAAUAAACCAUAGAAGAAAGUGC